AGGGCUGGUUCUGAAGCUCGGCCCCAGCCCGUACCUGCCGACCUACCGCCUCCGGGCGCCAAGGAAGAGGGCUGAGAGCCCGGAAACCAGAGCGGGGCAGGAGUCAGCGUUCUGAGCAUGUGCGAGCAAGCCAGGAGGCUAGGGCGGAUUUGGGGGGCCGACUUCGGGUCGUCGCCGUAAGCACAAAGCGAGAGAGCGGUGACAGCCGGGGCAGGCGACACUCUCCGGAGCGGUGCCCCUGCGCCUAGGGCGCAGCCCUUCCCUCCGGGCGUGGGCUAGUUGGCCGCGUGUGUGCCUCGCUGCUUGACGCGAAGACUAGCCAAUCAGGGCGGGCGGCCCGAGCUACCAUGUGACGGGCGAGGCGGCCCCUUUUCCCAGCGCGGCCAGAGGGAGGAGAGAACCGGGGCUCGCCGCGAGCCUUCGAGAGCAGCGGCUGCGGAGGAGGCGGCUGCGGGCAGGAGCGGCGGCAGCGGCGGCGGCACAGGCUCGGGGCCAGCCGGGCGCGCAUCCCUGGGCGUCCUGAGCGGUGGAGAGCUCAGCGGGCUGCGGGUGCCGCAGGACAGGAGUGGACAAAGCAAGAUGGCAGGGAUCUUAGCCUGGUUCUGGAACGAGAGGUUUUGGCUCCCGCACAAUGUCACCUGGGCGGACCUGAAGAACACGGAGGAGGCCACCUUCCCGCAGGCUGAGGACCUCUACCUCGCUUUUCCCCUGGCCUUCUGCAUCUUCAUGGUGCGGCUCAUCUUCGAGAGAUUUGUAGCAAAACCAUGUGCCAUAGCCCUCAACAUUCAGGCCAAUGGACCACAAAUUGCCCCACCCAACGCCAUUCUGGAAAAGGUCUUCACUGCAAUUACAAAGCAUCCUGAUGAAAAGAGAUUGGAAGGCCUCUCCAAGCAACUGGACUGGGAUGUUCGAAGCAUUCAGCGCUGGUUUCGCCAAAGACGUAAUCAGGAGAAGCCAAGUACGCUGACGAGGUUCUGUGAGAGCAUGUGGAGAUUUUCAUUUUACCUUUAUGUAUUUACCUAUGGAGUCAGAUUCCUGAAAAAGACCCCCUGGUUGUGGAAUACGAGGCACUGCUGGUACAACUACCCCUAUCAGCCACUCACAACUGACCUUCACUACUAUUACAUCCUGGAGCUGUCAUUUUAUUGGUCUUUAAUGUUUUCGCAGUUCACUGAUAUUAAAAGAAAGGACUUCGGCAUUAUGUUCCUGCACCACCUUGUAUCUAUUUUCUUGAUUACCUUUUCAUAUGUCAACAAUAUGGCCCGAGUAGGAACCCUGGUCCUUUGUCUUCAUGAUUCGGCGGACGCUCUUCUGGAGGCUGCCAAAAUGGCAAAUUAUGCCAAGUUUCAGAAAAUGUGCGAUCUCCUGUUUCUUAUGUUUGCCAUGGUUUUUAUCACCACACGACUGGGUAUAUUUCCUCUCUGGGUGUUAAAUACCACAUUAUUUGAAAGCUGGGAGAUCGUUGGACCUUACCCUUCCUGGUGGGUUUUUAACCUACUGCUCUUGCUAGUACAAGGGUUGAACUGCUUCUGGUCUUACUUGAUUGUGAAAAUAGCUUGCAAAGCUGUUUCAAGAGGCAAGGCUGGGAAGUGGAACCCUUUACAUGUGUCCAAGGAUGAUCGAAGUGAUAUUGAGUCUAGCUCAGAUGAUGAGGACUCGGAACCUCCAGGGAAGAAUCCCCACACUGCGACAACCACCAAUGGCACCAGUGGCACCAACGGGUAUCUCCUGACUGGCUCCUGCUCCAUGGAUGAUUAAUUACUCAAAACUACAAGUCCCAAGAAAAGUGAACUAUUUGUUCCUGGAAGUAUUUAAUAAGUUGCAAAUGCAGUUCCUUUCAUAAUAUCUCAGCACCAGAAACAAAAAUUAAGAUUAUCAAAGCAUUUUGAAUAGUGCACUGCCAUGUGUCCUGUCUGUGAAUGAAGAAUUAUCAUUCUAUGUAGGCAUGCUGUAUGUAAUUGACACAGGGAACAGUAUUUGCAUUUGUACUGUCUUAGAAUAUUAUUUAUUUUUUGUAUUUGUAAAUCUGUGGACAAAAGAUGGUUUCCUCACUCCUUUUACUCACUGGGCUCAUGACAGUGAAGGAGAUGCUCCAUCUGCUUCUCCCCCUUUCUCUUCCUGUAGUCCAAUGUGCUAUGAGCAUCAGCUUACUUUGUCACUUAGAGCAAGGAAAACCCAGUGCAAGAUUCUCGUUCAGCUCUAAAUAGGUUUGCUUUGUGUUACAGUGCCCAUUUUGAAAUUGCCUAUACAGUCUCAGUGACCAUUUAAACCGAACGAACUAGGUGUUUAAUUUUCACUCUUCAUGGUCGAUUAGCAGUUCAAAUUAAAGAAGAUGGUUAUUGGAGGACAUUUUUGAGUGGUUUUUAUAUUGCUUUGAAAUAGAUUUCAUUUCUUGUGCACACAGCCAAGAUUUCUUCAGUGGGUGUGAUAGCUAGUUGAGGGUUAACCUUGUAGGUUACAGUGUAUGUUUGUUUUUCUCUAAGUUGAGGUCAGUGCUCUGAUUCUGAAGGAGGAUUUUCUCUGAAGCUUAUAGUUAUAAACAAGGAAAUCACUGUUAAGAAUGGGAAUUUGUCCUGUGUUCUGGGAAUAACAUAAAGAGAGCAGCUGAUUACAGCCAGGCUUGCCACUACUCUAUAAUUAGUGCAGUUUUCUGUCAUGUUAUAAAAGAAAGAAGCUAAGUAUAUUUGGGGACAAAAAAAUCUUUCAAGAGUUGAUAAAGAUUACCUCUCCAGUGCAAAGCACUUUAAUGCAACCAGCGUUCAAGAAAAAGCCCUAUCUAGUACUUGAUGUCGAUGUUUUUAUUUUGCUGAGCAAAAUAAAGCCAAUGGGAGAAAGUC